UUUAAUCAAUUAUAUAAACAGGUUCAACACCCAGCAGCCAAGAUGGUGGUCAUUGCCUCACAAAUGUGUGAACAAGAAGUAGGAGAUGGAACAAACUUUGUCCUCAUUUUCGCAGGAGCAAUGUUAGCACUUGCAGAAGAACUUCUUAGGAUGGGACUUUCUGUGCCAGAAGUUACUGAAGGUUUUGAGGCAGCUUGUGAUAAAGCUGUGGAGAUUUUACCAGACCUGGUUUGCAACACUGUGCCAGACCUUCGAGAUCUUAAUGUUGUAACUAAAGCAUUGAAAACAUCACUGGCAAGCAAACAGUAUGGAAACGAAGAUUUUCUUUCAAAGUUAAUUGCUGAAGCUUGUGUUGGGAUACUGCCACCAAAUCGCAUCCAGUUCAACGUAGAUAACAUUCGUGUGAUCAAACUACUCGGAUCUGGAGUCCAUUCGUCACAACUUGUCAACGGAAUGAUGUUUUUAAGAGAAUGUGAAAGCGACUUAAAGAAUAUUAAAGGCGCAAAAGUAGCGGUAUACACUUGUCCUUUUGAUAUGCUUAAUACUGAAACUAAAGGCACAGUAUUGCUGAAGAAUGCACAGGAAUUGCUCAACUUUAGCACGGGAGAAGAAAACAUUCUGGAUGCUCAAGUUAAAGCCAUUGUGGAUACUGGUAUUAAUGUGAUCGUGUCUGGUGGAAAAGUCUCUGAUCUAGCUCUACAUUUCGCCAACAAACACAAGAUUAUGGUGGUU